CGGCUGAUUGGUGGCCGGGGCGCUGGGGGCGGGGCCAGGCGGCUCUUGCUAUAAAUAUUCAUGAGAGCGCGGCGGCCGGAGCGGCACUGCCGGGGCCGGAGAGCGAGAACUUGCGGAGGCGCCGCCGCGCUCGACCCGCGGCUCAGGUGGCGCGACCGCGGCCGGGGCUCCGGCAGCCGGAGGAGGCGCAGGGCGAGCACCGCUCGGCUGGCGCUUGCCCGCGGAGCCGAGCGCUCGGGCGGGCGGCAGAAGGAGCCGCUCCGGCCACCCCAGCCCCGCCGCUGCCCGCCCGCACGGGGCGGUGGGAGCCCGGCGCCGCGGGGCGCACCGCCCGCUCCCCGGGACGCCUCAGCCAUCUUCGCCGCGCCGGGGCUGACGGCGAAACUUCUGCACCGCCGCCGCCCCGUGCCCGGCCGGCGCUGGAGUAGCGGCGAGAGGAGCGGCGGCACCCCCUGCGCACCCGGCCCCGCGAGGAGCGAUGCGGCGGCGCCUGAGGGGCCUCCCGUGAGCGGAUCCUCUUCCUCCGGCGUCGAGCGGGGGAUCGCCGGCGGCUCCCGCUCACCGGCUGCCCGCGGGGCCGCUUCCCUGCUGGGCGACGGAGCCCCGCGGGGGCUGCGAGACCUCUUCACCUGCGAGCGGCACGGAGGGGGCCGCCCUGCGCCCCCCCGAGGGGUAGCCGGGGCCCGGGGGUGCUGUGGCGCCGCGCUCCCCGCGGCUGCUGAGCGGGACGGGAGAGGAGCCGGGGCCGCCGCCCCCGCGCCGCCGAGCAUGGAGUGGAGUUACCUGUUGGAAAUCACCUCGCUGCUCGCCGCCCUGUCCCUGCUGCAGCGCGCCGGCUGCGCCGCCGCCUCGGCCGCCGCCGCCGCGUCCUCCUCUUCCUCCUCGGCCAAGGAGCUGUCGUGCCAGGAGAUCACCGUGCCCCUCUGCAAGGGCAUCGGCUACAACUACACCUACAUGCCCAACCAGUUCAACCACGACACGCAGGACGAGGCCGGGCUGGAAGUGCACCAGUUCUGGCCGCUGGUGGAAAUCCAGUGCUCCAGCGACCUGCGCUUCUUCCUCUGCAGCAUGUACACCCCCAUCUGCCUGGAGGACUACAAGAAGCCGCUGCCGCCCUGCCGCAGCGUCUGCGAGCGGGCCAAGGCCGGCUGCGCCCCGCUCAUGCGCCAGUACGGCUUCGCCUGGCCCGACAGGAUGCGCUGCGACCGCCUCCCCGAGCAGGGCAGCCCGGACACGCUCUGCAUGGACUACAACCGCACGGACCUCACCACGGCCGCCCCGCCGCCCGCCAAGCCCCCGCUCCGCGGCGCCAAGCCCGGCAGCCCCGCCAAGGCGCCCCCCGCCGCCGCCGCCCCGCCGGCCGAGGCCCCGCGCAAGCCGCGGCCGCCACCGCCCUGCGAGCCGGGCUGCCAGUGCCGGGCGCCCAUGGUGUCGGUGUCCAGCGAGCGGCACCCGCUCUACAACCGCGUCAAGACGGGGCAGAUCGCCAACUGCGCCCUGCCGUGCCACAACCCCUACUUCAGCCCCAUGAAGUGGGGCAACGAGGCCAUCGCUGGCUACGCACAGUAUUUCCACCUGGCCGCCUGGCUGCUCCCCAGCGUCAAGUCCAUCGCUGUGCUGGCACUCAGUUCUGUGGACGGGGACCCAGUGGCUGGCAUCUGCUACGUGGGCAACCAGAGCCUGGAGAACUUGCGGGGCUUUGUGCUGGCACCGCUGCUCAUCUACUUGGCCAUCGGCUCCAUGUUCCUGCUCGCUGGCUUCGUCUCGCUCUUCCGUAUCCGCAGUGUCAUCAAACAGCAGGGUGGCCCCACCAAGACCCACAAGCUGGAGAAGCUGAUGAUACGCCUGGGACUCUUCACCGUGCUCUACACUGUGCCAGCUGCCAGCGUGGUCGCCUGCCUCUUCUAUGAGCAGCACAACCGGCCACGCUGGGAGGCCACGCACAACUGUCCCUGCCUGCGUGACCAACAGCCUGACCAGGCCCGCCGCCCUGACUAUGCCGUCUUCAUGCUCAAGUACUUCAUGUGCCUGGUGGUGGGCAUCACCUCCGGUGUCUGGGUCUGGUCCGGCAAGACCCUUGAGUCCUGGAGAGCCCUCUGCACUCGCUGUUGCUGGGCCAGCAAAGGUGCUGCCGUGGCUGGGAGCGCAGGGGCAGGAGCAGGUGGGCAGGCAGCAAUCACCGCAGCAGGAGGACUUGGGGCUGGAGGUGGUGGCUCACUCUACAGUGAUGUCAGCACUGGCCUGACGUGGAGAUCAGGCACUGCCAGCUCUGUCUCCUAUCCCAAGCAGAUGCCCCUGUCUCAAGUAUGAGGAGGGUGAAAGAGGCCAAAGGUUAGGGAUUGAGGGACACUGGCCUGCCUAAAAUGCCCCCUCACUGUUUGGUGCCAUUAAUGAACCCCUAAUGGUCCUUAUUAGCCACAGCUUGUAUAGAACAAUGCAGCUGGCAGAGGCCCCAGGCUCCAGCCCCCUCCACCUUCCCCUCCAUUCAUAUGCAGGGAGCAUGUACUUCAAGGAGCCAGCUUAUUAUUUUGCUGGCAGAGGAGGGUAGAGGCUCACCCGUGUCUUACAGACGGCAAGGCACAGCGGCUUCUGAGUCACUCUGGACUAACAGCAACUCUUUACUCAAGGGAGGGAGGGUCUUCCUCCCCCCCAUCCUGAGGUGGGAGUCUGCUGGGACUGCAGGUUUUUGGGAUGUUGAUGACCAGGCAAAUGCCUUACAAUAUAGACUGAAACAAAACAUGUCUUAAUUAUACACCCCAGCUAAAUACGGGUUUCCUACAUUAAAGGAUGUAUUUAUAUAAUUAUUUGUUACCUUGUACAGAUGUGUAAAAUAUGUAUAUAUCCAAAGCUAUACAGUCUGUAAAUUUUUUUGUAAAAAUGUUUAGAGGCUACCCCUGUAAGAGCAAAUAUGAGUAUUCUAUUUUGUCAAUAAAAUGACUUUUGAUAAAUGA